AUGUCUGCAACAGCACCAUCGGCGCCAAAGUUGAUCUUCGGCUCGAACCCUUUCUUCGAGGGCGACGUGGCCGUGAUCAAACAAUGGCUGGAGACCCUCCGCGAGUUCGGCAUCAAGACCAUUGACACUGCCCAAUUCUAUGGCGAAAGCGAGGCUGGACUUGGCCAGGCCCACGCCGCGGCCGACUUUACCAUCGACACCAAGCUCUCAUGCAUGGCCAUGGGCGAACCGGCCAGCAAGGCCAACGUGAUCAAAUACGGACGUGAGAGCCUGAAGAAGCUGCAGACGGAUAGUGUCGACGUCUAUUAUCUGCACCUGCCCGACCGCUCUGUGCCGUUCGAGGACACCAUGUCCGGGCUGCAGGAGCUGUACGAGGCCGGAGCGUUCAAGCGCCUGGGGCUGUCCAACUUCCUGGCGCACGAAGUGGACGAGAUAGUAGCCGUUGCCGAGAAGCACGGCUGGGUGAAGCCGAGCGUGUACCAAGGCAACUACAACGCCGUGGCGCGCGGAGCCGAGGCCGAACUCCUCCCGACGCUGCGCCGGCACGGCAUGUCCUUCUACGCCUACAGCCCCAGCGCGGGCGGGUUCCUCACCAAGACGCCCGACGGCCUGGUCGGGGCGCGCUGGGACACGUCGGGCCAGCUGGGCAAGCUGUACAGCAGCCUCUACAAGAGGCCGAGCCUCCUGGAGGCGCUGAAGACGUGGGGCGAGCUGGCGGCCGAGGAGGGCGCGUCCAGGGGCGAGCUGGCGUACCGGUGGAACAUGCACAACUCGGCGCUGUCGCCUGCGCACGGCGAUGGGCUCAUCGUCGGAGCACGCACCACGGAUCAGCUCAAGGAGGUGCUCGGCUGGAUUGCCAAGGGGCCGCUGAGCCCGGCCGUGGUCGACAAGAUCAAUGUGCUGUGGGAGGGCAUCAAGGACGAUGCGCCACUAGACAAUCUAAACAGCACGACGCAGGGCUGGGCCCUUAAAUAG